AUGUCAGAUACUACUAUAAUUACACCAGGAGACAACCUUCCAAUAGAAGAUAUUACAUCAGUUAAAACAACAAUAGGACCAGGAAUAUAUAAAAAACCCAAAACACAAGAAUUAAUUCCAUCAACAUCAGGUAUAUUUCAUAAAAUUUCUAAUAAUUCUAAAAAUUCACAAUUAAUUUAUAUUGAAUCAAAUUCAAAAAGAUAUAUUCCUCAUAAUAAUGAUUUUGUAAUUGGAUUAAUUAUAGGUACUAUUGGAGAAAAUUAUAAAGUUUCAUUACAAGCAAAUUCUAUUCCUAUAUUAUUAGGAUUUUAUUCAUUUGUUAAUGCAAGUAAAAAAAAUAGACCAAUUUUAAAAAAUGGAGAUUUAGUUUAUGGUAGAAUUAUAAAUGAUAUAAUUGAAAUUGAUAAUGAAAUGGAAUGUAUUGAUUCAUCAGGUAAAGAAUCAGGAUUUGGAUUAUUGGAUGAUCUGGGAUUUUUAUUUGAUGUUAAUAUGAAUUUUGCAAGAGAAUUAUUAUUUAAUAAAAAUAGUAUUUUUUUGGAAUUAUUAGCUUUAAAAUGCAAAUUUGAAAUAGCUAUUGGUAUAAAUGGUAAAAUUUGGAUAAAAUGUGGUAAUGGUAUACAGAAGAAAGAUUCUGAUAAUAAUAAUAAUACAAAUGGUGAUGAAGAAGAUCAAGAAAUGAAAGAUGUUGGAGAAGAUGAUGUAGUUAAAGAUUUGAAAAAUACUAUGGCUGCUGUUAAAUUCUUGACUAGAUGUCAAUAUGUCACUCAAGAUAAAUUGAAAGAUGAAUUAAAUAAAGCAUUUAAAGAUUUAUAG